AUGCAGGGUGGUAUUCGCAGGAAGAGGGACUUGCUGCCCAGGUACAAGAAUGGCGGCGGUAGGGCGAAAAACGGCGGUGUUCUGACCACCCCGAUGAAGAAGAUCGUCGUGUAUGUUUUUCUUCUCGGCGUGGUGUUCGUGCUGCUGCGACUCGGGUUCGCCGACCUGAGCAAAGAGGUUUCGUACGAGCUGGACGGAGCGGGCGCCGCCCGCUCCGUUGUUGUCGAGAGCGACGGCGAGCUGCGCAUCCCGAAGGAGACGGUGCCCAGGGAGCAGUUCAACAACGAGGUCGCCAAGCAGCAGGAGGUCAAGAACCUCGAGAACGACAACAAGCCGCCGGCGCCGGAGCGCAACAGAAGGGUGGUCGCGAAGGAGGGCGACAAGCGGGCCGGCAGAGGCGGCGUGUUAUAG